UGGCGCUUUAAAUAGAUUAGCUCGUACAUUAGUUAAGUGGCCUGAAGGAAAAGAAGCACUUAAUGUAAUGGAAGGUUUUAAGAAAAAGAAAUCGUUUCCGGGUGUACUUGGUGCCAUAGAUGGCUGCCACAUUGAUAUAAAAGCCCCGAAGGAAAGUAGUGUUAUGUACGUCAAUCGAAAAGGAAGACCCUCCAUAAUACUACAAGCAGUCUGUGAUCAUAACUGUAGUUUUACGGAUUGCUUCAUAGGGUUCCCGGGUUCAGUUCAUGACGCCAGGGUUUUCUCUAAGUCUGGCAUGCAAGAACGUUGUAAUAACGAUCAGUUCUUUCCUAAUGAUUCACACAUUCUUGGCGAUUCAGCUUAUCCUUUAUCACAGCAUGUUUUAGUACCAUAUAAGGACAACGGACAUUUAACACGAAAACAAACCAAGUUUAAUGUUAUACAUGCUUCCACAAGAGUUACCAUUGAAAGGGCAUUCGGAUUACUCAAAGGACGGUGGCGAAGGUUGAACUACCUAGAACUGCAUUGUUCAGCACAUAUUCCUAGCACAAUUAUGGCUGCGUGUGUUUUGCAUAAUUUUUGUAUAAAAAAUAAGGAUGAGAUAUCUUUUGAUGUACACCCAGGUGGUAAUAAUGCUCAAGAUAUCACUUCAGAUGCGACAACAACAAAAGGAGGUGUGGUUAAACGUUGUCAAAUUGCAGAAACUCUGUGGCAUAUUUAAAUGUAUAGAUUUAUUAAGUAGAACCGUAGCUAUAAGAACAUAAAACUUAUCCAAAGUAUUGUAUUUUUUCACAAAAAAUAAAUUUUUACUCUAAAAACACAAAAAAG